AUGGCCUUCAACGCAAUGAUGUCUGGCGCAGAAUGUGCUGUAGAUGCAAACCCACUUUCGCAAAUGCUCAAGCACACCGAGCGAGAGAGCCCAUUCCAGAGGGUACUUGGAGAUUUUCUCACCGAUAGUCACAUUCUGACCGAUGCUUCCCAUAGGAUCGUAUCGGAGGAACAUCCUCUAGACAGGCAAGCGGUUAAAACUCUCAAAAUCCACGCUCCUUCUGCAUCGGCUGCAGACAUUGCCCAAGCAAAUGAGUUCUUCUCCCAGAAAGGAUCAUUGGCUGCUAGAAACCUUCCUUUUUCUCCCCAAGCAUUUGGACUCGGUCAAGGGCCCGCCCACUUUGCCGCUGGCCCAAGCCAGGCUGAUUUCGAGGCGGCGUUUAAUGCGAGCAAAGGCAGGAUGGGCACCCCAGCUGAUCUAAUGGCCAUGUCCAAUAUGAAAAUUAGAAGCAGUACCGAUCCUUCUGUGUGGCUUCAAGAGUGGGAUGAAGGCAAGGCCGAAGGGCAGCACAUAGCGUCGAUGUCUUCGCCGUUAUCACCUAUGGCUAUGAAUUUUAGACAUCCGGGACUUUCAACUGGGUUCUAUAUGCCUCCAAUGAUGCAGUCACCGGGAAUAGCAGAUGAGAAGGGUAAAGCCAAGGCCCAGGAUGCAGAAUUUGAGGCAGCAUUCGCUCGUUUUGAAGAAAUAACUCAAGAGUCUAAAGCAAAGGACGCAGACUCGACUGGCACCACGGACAUGGACGCUGUAUGGAAUAAAAUAUCUACUGCUCAUAAUUCUGCAAAAUCCAGCUCUUUACACAGGCAAAAUCUAGCCGAAUUUGAGGCUGAGCUUCAAGCUAAACGCGAAGCGGAACAAGCAGAAAUUCUGGGGCAAGAUGACCAAGAGUCGGACUAUGCUGCGAUUAUGCGCGAACUUGGGAAGGAAGCCAUGGCGGCCGAAGCUGUAGAGGCCGAGGCUGAGUAUGCGGAAGCCAUGAAACAGAUGUGGGAAGAAGGACUGGGUGAUUAUGGAGGACCGGAUGCUGGGUUUGCAAAUAUUGGAGAUGGUGGUGUAAUAUUCGAUGGAAAUGGCGUUCCAGCGCUGGAGCAAUAUCGAUUUGACGAGAAAAACCCACACCUUGAGGAGCAAGGGGAUCCCCGCUCCUUUUUGGAUGAUGCAAAGGCGAUACUAGCCCACCCGUCGGGAACUGGCUCAUUACGCGAGGCCGGCUUGUUACUCGAGGCUGCAAUCCAGAGGGGCCAACUGGGUGAGGGCGGAUAUGAGUCUUGGGUUUUACUAGGGGAAGUCCGGGGGAUGGACGAACGCGAGGCUGAAGGUCUGAUUGCGCUACGUGAGGGUGUUAAUAGGGGCGCACCGCCAGAGGCACUUUUGUCCUUGGCAAUCUCCUAUACAAACGAGUCAUACAAUAGAGCUGCACAACACACGCUCCGCCAAUAUCUACACACUCGGUUCCCGGAUAUUGUCGGACCCAAGGACGUUCAGCCCGAAUCCCUCGCACCCUGGGCAGGGCAUGAACUGACAACCGAUCUUUUUUUACGAGUGGCACGUUCGCAACAUGCAUCGGGCCAACCUGUAGACCCAGAUGUACAAAGCGGGCUAGGAACGCUUUACUACGCAAACGGAGAAUACGACAAGGCCGUUGAUUGCUUCGCAUCAGCAUUAAGCAUUAGGCCAAAGGAUUAUCUUCUCUGGAAUCGAUAUGGUUCAUGCUUGUCGAAUUCCAACCGCCCUGCAGAAGCUCUGGAUGCAUAUCGGGAGGCGCUCCAGCUUCGCCCCGGAUACACGCGCGCGAUAUACAACGUGGGAGUUGCAUGUAUGAAUAUCGACGCAUAUCACGAGGCUGCUGAGCACUUCCUCGGCGCACUGGUUGUGCAAGGUGCCGGUCCGGGUGGGAGCGGGACUAACGACAAUGAUCCUCUUUGGUCGACUUUACAAAGAACAUUUGUUCUCAUGGAUCGAACCGACCUGGCAGAGAUCGCUAGAGGAGGCCGAAACGUCGAGGACUUUAGGUCUAGGGGGUUCAAUUUCUGA